AUGCCGUUCUCUUUCAGCUUUACUCUCACAGUUCCCGGUAUAACAAACCCGUUCUCUACGCUAUGCGAACCAACGCCGUCGCUGGGCCAGGGAAAUAAUGGAUUUCCUGACGCUGAAGGUGACAAGAACGGAAGCAAGGCACAGCUGUACCGCCGACCGCCUUCCCCUUCUCUUCUACCCCCCCGUUCGCGCAAGAGGGGCUGGGUGCCCGCAAAUUCGGAGAUAAGCCAAGCUGCUGCCAUCCCGACCUCCACCAGUGGUUACCUCGAUACCCCCGCAAAGUACAGAGAGAUGGCAUCCAACGGAGAUGAGCUGGAGGAGAUGGCCACAGAUCUGCCUCCGCCCAAGCGCCGUCGUACGCUUGCUGGUUCUAUCGUCUCAACUGCGUUGAGCGCUGCUCUUAUCGGAACUGCAGUCGGCCUUACCGUGUAUCGCCUCUGGAGAGACCGCAGCAAACAGCCCGAGCCUCUCCCUCCUCCCCCGUACGAACAAGGUGAAUGGGUACCUCCAAAGCCCGACUCUCCUUCUAUUCCCGUAACCCAGGUUACACCUCCAACCCCCCGGUCUCGCAAGUCACGUCACGUUGCUGGUCGACGAACUCAAGCGCGGCAUCGCAAGGCUUUAAGCCGCGCUGGACCCAGUUCCAUCUCCUAUGGUUCUUCAUCAGUGUCUGCAAGUCGCGCCCCCAUCCCCCCGGAGUUUAACUUUGGAGCGCCACUCCCUGUAGAUACGGCCGAGGACGCCGACGGUGACGACCAGAUAAGUUGGAUGGGUGAUAGACUUGCAUCUCUAAUCGCUGAAGGACAACGUGCUCUCGGCAAGGAAGUGGUCGUAAUGAGUGAGUCUCAAGAGGAUGAAGUAGAUGAUGGCGCAGAUGGAUGGGAGGAAGAAGAUGCGGGACACUCGCACGCAUCUACUAGCCGAAUGGUCGGAAAUUCUGGCUUGCCACCCUAUUCUCGUCACGGAUCUCCUCUACCCAGCGCUUCACCUCGCCGCAGCACCUUCGAUCUCAAUCGGUCCUAUAGAGGUUCCUCGGUCCCAAGCACACCAUGUCACCUCCGUCGAGAUGCUUCAGUGGAGAGGAAUGCCUUCGCCAGUGCAAGUUUCCACGAGGACGAAUCGCAGUGGCAGACACCAGAAUUGCGGGAAGCAAUGGCACUCGCCAGGCAGCGAUACAUGCACAGCAGGACGUAA